UGCCGUGCCUCGUCUUUCACGGAGGAGAUCCCGAAAGCCGGAGUAACAGCGAAACCCCCCAUACAGCCAUGGCAGAAAACGCCGGCUUGGAAAACCACCGCAUCAAGAGCUUUAAAAAUAAAGGGCGUGAUGUCGAGACUAUGAGAAGACAUCGAAAUGAGGUGACAGUUGAAUUGAGAAAGAACAAACGAGACGAACAUUUACUGAAGAAGAGAAAUGUCCCGCUGGAGGAGAGUCUGGAGGACUCUGACGUCGACUCAGACUUCAAAGGACAAAAUGUCACGCUUGAUGCCAUCUUACAGAAUGCUACCAGUGAUAAUGCAGUUAUACAGCUCAGUGCUGUACAGGCAGCCAGAAAACUGCUCUCGAGUGACAGAAACCCUCCCAUUGAUGACUUGAUAAAGUCUGGGAUCCUGCCCAUUUUAGUCAAAUGCCUGGAAAGGGACGACAAUCCCUCUCUUCAGUUUGAGGCAGCUUGGGCUCUGACCAACAUUGCCUCUGGGACGUCAGCACAGACUCAGGCUGUGGUUAAAUCCAAUGCAGUGCCCUUGUUCCUGCGACUGCUACACUCUCCUCACCAGAACGUAUGUGAACAGGCUGUAUGGGCUUUAGGAAACAUUAUAGGUGAUGGUCCACAGUGCAGGGAUUACGUCAUCGCCCUGGGCGUGGUCAAGCCCCUGCUCUCUUUCAUCAACCCAUCAAUCCCCAUCACCUUCCUCCGCAACGUUACCUGGGUCAUCGUUAACCUCUGCCGCAACAAGGAUCCACCACCACCCAUGGAGACUGUGCAAGAGAUUUUGCCAGCCCUCUGUGUGCUAAUAUAUCACACUGAUAUAAAUAUCCUAGUAGACACGGUGUGGGCUCUGUCAUACCUGACGGACGGAGGCAACGAGCAGAUCCAGAUGGUCAUCGAUUCUGGAGUUGUUCCAUUUCUUGUGCCUCUCCUCAGCCAUCAGGAGGUGAAAGUUCAGACGGCAGCUCUGAGGGCAGUGGGAAACAUUGUGACAGGGACGGACGAGCAGACACAGGUGGUUCUCAACUGCGAUGUCCUCUCACACUUCCCCAACCUGCUCACACACCCUAAAGAGAAGAUCAACAAGGAAGCAGUCUGGUUCCUGUCCAACAUAACAGCUGGGAACCAACAGCAGGUCCAAGCUGUGAUCGACGCUGGGUUGAUUCCUAUGAUCAUUCACCAACUGGCUAAGGGUGAUUUUGGCACUCAGAAGGAGGCAGCAUGGGCCAUCAGCAACCUCACCAUCAGUGGAAGGAAAGACCAGGUGGAGUUCUUGGUGGAGCAGAACGUCAUCCCUCCGUUCUGUAACCUGCUGUCGGUGAAGGACUCCCAGGUCGUGCAGGUUGUCCUGGACGGCCUCAAGAAUAUCCUCAUCAUGGCGGGAGACGAAGCCAGCACUAUUGCCGAGAUCAUAGAGGAGUGUGGAGGUUUGGAGAAGAUAGAAAACUUGCAGCAGCAUGAGAAUGAGGACAUCUACAAACUAGCCUUUGAGAUUAUUGAUCAGUACUUUUCAGGAGAUGAUAUCGAUGAAGAUCCGAGCUUGAUCCCUGAAACCACUCAAGGAGGAACCUUCAACUUUGAUCCAGCUUCCAACAUGCAAACGAAGGAGUUCAAUUUCUAAAAAUCCGGGAUGUUUGGUUCAACCAGUUGCACGGGUACUCUGUAAUCACCCCAGACAUUCAUCCAUCUCUCCUCCAAUCUGGCAACCUGGUACCGAAGGAUUUACUUAGCAUCACUUCAACAUGGAAACUCACCACUGAAGGGUUCACCCACCCCCACCUCUGCACUGCGGGGUGUUUUGGUUUUUUUGUUGUUUUUUUGUUUUUUUUUUUCCUUUUUAAAAACGGUCAUCCUUCACCGAACACUGCAACCCUUCAUAGGAGUCCUGGUUAUUCGACAGGCACCAUCACCAUCUGGCAACUCGCAUCAGGAGGAUUGUCAGCAUUCUCUGCCAGUGCUUCUAAAUAUCACUCAAAAAUAAAACCAGAAGGAAGAAAAAGCCUUCGUGGCAAGAUUUAAUUGCCAAAUGUCAAGUCUUCACAAAGACAAGAAAAGAAAAAAAAAACAACAACACACAAGCACAUUUUCCGACACAAACGCGUGCACAUCCGAAACACACACAUAUAUACACACUUUUUGACACUUAGAAUUUGUGUGCAUACUUCUGUUAGAAGCCGUCAUAUCACUUACGGGGAAGAAAUACUGCUGUUUGUUUGUGGUUUUAUUUUUGUGCUUUCCCUCCCCCGGAUUGUCCUCUGGUGUUAUCUCACCCACGCACACUGACAUACAAGUACACACAUCGACACACUUAGUCACACUGAUUUCCUGAUGACCGGGCCCACCAAUAACUCCUCUCUCACCCAGUUUAAAGAGUUAAUCCCAGAGCUAAGCCAUGAUUAACCACGGACCCCCACUGCCCUCCCAGGAGAGUCCUUGGGCAGGUGGAGGGGGUGAAAGGGCUCCAAGGCAAAAAGAGGACUCCGUGGCAAACUGACUGACGGGACUUCUGACUCAAUGACGUCACUUUUUUUAACGUGACCUCUGUUGAAUUAUCAAACUUAAUGUUUGUUUAAAAAAAAAAACAGAAAAAAAUCAUCAUCAAAAAUGUGAAGAAAAUGCCAUAAUUUUUUUUUUCUUUUUUCCAAUACAUACAACUGUAAGACCUGCUAACUGCCUGCUUCUGAUUCAGCAGAGCGACAACAAUUCUUUUUGUUUGUUUUAAUGGAUGUGAAAACCUGUCACGGGAGGAAUCGCCUCACGAGGCGAAGACACAAGAGACUUAAGAGAAGAGGAACACGUCAGCUGUAGCGUCUGUCCCCCCACAGGAACAUCCAUUUCUGCAGCGUGAGCUCGGUCACGUCCCGUGAUCCGGUGAACUGUUUGCUCGGGACUCCCCUGUAAUGUGAAACUCAGAAAAAGCCGGGGGGGCGGGGGUUAACAACAAAAAAAAACAAAACAAAAAAAAAAAACCUAAAAUCGUUCUGAAUUGCUUAUCUGACCUUAAGGUUAUUUAAACUUUUUUUUUUUUUUUUUUGGAAUUGUCUCUUCAAACAAAUAUUAGUUUCAUGUUUCAGCUUCUUCUGGUUGAGUCUGUGGAGCUUCCUUACGUCUAUUUUUACUUUUUUUUUUCUUUUCUUCAGUCUUAUGCACAUGUCAGAGAGGCAUAAUGAUGUCUGCCUGCAGAAAGGGACCUAUACUCGUUGAAGACUAGACUUAUAUGAGGAGUACAGGUCCUGAUCUUUACAAUACUUAACUACUUUCAAUGAAGAGGUCACAUGUCAUCACUCAAUUUGAAUAAUUGUACAAAAAAAACCCAACGUGAUGUGUAUCUCUCCUUGCCGUCUAAUGAAUAUAUGAAUAUAUUUACAUAAAGCCUGUACAAAGCUGCUGCAGCUGACAGUCAUUGGAUGGACGAUAACUGUCAAAGAUGGCUGGGGAGGGUUUCUUUUUUUUUUUUUUUUUUGUUGAAGCAAUAUUUUCUUUGUUUUAUUGUUUUUAUUUUUGACUUGCAUAUGUAUUGUGAUGACAUGCUGAUAAAUUGGAACAGGCUGUUUUUCUCUCUUUUUUUUUUUUUGUUGUUUUUUUUUCCUCUACGUAGUGGUGACGGGGCUGUUUUAAAAUGUACCGUCCCGUGUCCCAGUUGGUGUGUGGGUUCGGGUUUAAAGUGUCAAACUUUAUUCCCGACCCUAGCCCUGGUCUCGAAGACUUUAUGAUCCCCCUGGUUGGCUGCUAACUACUUAGAAGGGGGUAAGAGCGGGGGCAGGGUCACACUGGGGUUUUAAAUAUUGGGUGGGGUUGUUACGAGCAGCCCAGGCUUGUUUUUGGGACUAGCUGUUUAUUACUGAACAAAACUAUAGAGAGGGUGUACAGUCAUGAACUAGCAGACUAGACCGAGCCACUUUAAAGAUUUACAAUUUCGUUGCCUUGUAUCCGAAUUGGAUACAAGCUUAUGUUUGUUGCAAGAUUUUUACUUGCUAAUGAAAAGUUGUUUUAAAUAAAAUAAUAGGAGAAAAGCAACAGACAGCGUUUUGGCCUCUGAUUGUUUAUAUCUUUUUAUAAAUUUUAGAUUGAAUUCUUCUCUUUAAGGUGGCUCAUUGAUGCUUUCAACUCUUGUGCAUAUUAAAGACAAGAAUGAGUUGAAAAUCAUUGUGCCUUUUGUUUUUCAUUUCAACUAAAACUUUAGGUUUUAUUGAAUAGAAAAGACUCAGAGCGACUGGAGAAUCUUUAAACGGGAGACGUGGCGACGGUAAUGUGUCGGUCUCCCUGUUGUUGGAGUUUGCCAUGGGAAUGGUCAAUGCUGCUCUCUGCUGUUGAGAGUAACUGCUCCCCUCCAAUCUUAUUCACUGAACAUUGUAACACAGCAUUUCUACCACUCAUUACUCUUCCCCCCCUUCCCCUCCCUGAACACCACAAACCAUCAUUGCCAUAUUUCAGUCAGGGGAUUCUCACAUCUCCUCUCAUCUCGCCCUCAGGACAUGAUCUGUGUUUCUGAUCCUAACCAAAAUAAACUUGCUGUUUAGCCGUUGGA